AUGAAGAGGAGAAGGGAUCAAGAGUUAACUAAGUCGAUCCCGUAUCUCUAUCACUCCUUUCCAGUUUGGGAGCAUGCCGAGCCUGAAGACGACGGGGAAGGAAUCUGUGACCUGUUCAAGGAGAUCAAUGCCGUCAUAGAGGAGGAGGCUGAGCCAGCUGGCUUUCGUGAUGCUGAACCGGGGGAGAUGCUGAAGAAUUGGACGUCCGCACCAAUCCUGAUGUCCCGGACUUUUGGUAACGUAAGUUACAAACCUGCCAACGUCAUGUCAUGUCAUGAGCUAAACGAACAAAAUGAGGCAAAUGACGACGAGGCUGACGACUACGAUGAAGAAAAUGGGGAACCAGACUAUGUAGUAGAAGAGUUUCGACAGUUCGAGAAUCAACAUAAACCGAAUCUGGAGGAAACAGAGACGGUAAAUUUGGGAGAUUCAGAAUGUGUCAAAGAGGUUAAGAUCAGCACUCACCUGAAUGAAACUCAGAAGGAGAGCCUGAUUCAUUUGCUUGCCGAAUACAGCGAUGUGUUUGUUUGGGAGGUCGGUGACAUGCAGGGGUUGAGUACUGAUGUCGUAUCUCAUAAGUUGCCUAUCAACCCAGGGUUCGAGCCGGUGAAGCAAAAGACUCGGAAAUUCAAGCCUGAAUUAAGUUUGAAGAUUAAGGAGGAAAUCACAAAGCAGAUAGAGUCUCGAGAUCUCAACAUGGCUAGUCCAAAGGAUAAUUUCCCGUUGCCAAAUAUCCAUAUUCUGAUUGACAAUUGUGCCAAACAUGAGAUGCAGUCAUUUGUGGAUUGUUACGCGGGUUAUCACCAGAUUCUGAUAGAUGAGGAAGACGCGGAGAAAACGGCCUUCAUCACACCUUGGGGGGUGUAUCACUACAGGGUGAUGCCGUUUGGGCUCAAAAACGCCGGUGCUACCUACAUGAGAGCCAUGACGACCAUCUUUCAUGACAUGAUUCACAAGGAAAUUGAAGUGUACGUGGACGAUUCAGCAGAAGAGGUAUUGAGCUCGACCCUUCCAAGAUCAAAGCAAUUCAGGAUCAAAGCAAUUCAGGAGUUACCUCCGCCAAAGACGAGAAAAAAGGUGAUGAGCUUCUUAGGGAGGUUAAACUAUAUCAGCCGGUUUAUAGCACAAUCGACGGUGGUAUGUGAGCCUAUCUUCAAGUUGCUGAAGAAAGAUGCCCCAAUUAAGUGGACUGAGGAGUGCCAGACCGCUUUCGACGCUAUCAAGAGCUACUUGUCUAACCCACCAGUAUUGGUUCCUCCGCGAGAAGGGAGUCCUUUGUUGCUAUAUUUGUCUGUCUCGGAUAAUGCCUUUGGUUGUGUACUUGGUCAACACGACGAGACAGGAAAGAAGGAAAAGGCUAUCUACUACAUCAGCAAGAAAUUUACUCCGUACGAGUCUCGUUACACUUUGCUGGAAAGAACAUGCUGUGCUCUGACGUGGCUUGCCCAGAAGCUGAGGCACUACCUGUCAUCGUAUACUACAUAUCUUAUCUCCAGGAUGGAUCCGUUGAAGUAUAUUUUCCAGAAAGUGAUGCCGACCGGGAAGCUAGCUAAAUGGCAAAUGCUGUUGAGUGAGUUUGACAUCGUGUACGUGACUCAGAAGGCAAUAAAGGCACAAGCUUUGGCUGAUCAUCUUGUGGAAAAUCCCGUUGACGAAGAGUAUGAACCUCUCAAGAUGUAUUUUCACGAUGAAGAAGUGUCAUUUGUGGGUGAAGAUAUCUCUGAAGCUUAUCCAGGUUGGAGAUUAUUCUUCGAUGGAGCGGUGAAUCACCAGGGUAAAGGUGUUGGAGCAGUCUUGGUAUCAGAAUCUGGUCAGCACUAUCCUAUGGCGGCUAAACUACGAUUCAACUGCACAAACAACAUGGCUGAGUAUGAAGCUUGCAUUCUCGGUUUGAAAAUGGCCGUUGACAUUAAUGUUUACGAGUUACUGGUUAUCGGAGAUUCAGACCUCUUGAUCCAUCAGGUUCAAGGAGAAUCGGCUGUGAAGAACCCGAAGAUUGUACCUUACGUACAAUAUGUGCAAAACCUGUGUAAAAGGUUUCGCAAGAUCGAGUUCAGACAUACUCCCCGAAUACAGAAUGAAUUAGCUGAUGCUCUUGCCACCAUCGCUUCAAUGAUCAAACAUCCGGAUAUUGAUUACAUCGACCCGCUGGAUAUAGAUUUGAAGGAGCAUCCAGUCCAUUGUUCACACGUGGAAUCAGAACCAGAUGGUUUGCCUUGGUAUUUAGACAUAAAGAGGUAUUUGGAGUCUGGAGCAUAUCCAGAAGAUGCCACAUCUAAUCAAAAGAAGUCGAUACGUCGUAUGGCUUUCAAUUUCUUUUUGAAUGGAGAAGUCCUUUAUAGGAGGACUCUAGAUUUGGGUUUUUUGAGGUGCGUGGAUGCCGCCGAAGCCGUAAGGCUUAUUGAACAGAUACAUGCUGGAGUUUGUGGUACAUAUAUGAACGGGCUUACCUUGGCAAGAAAAGUCCUUCGAGCCGGUUACUUCUGGAUGACUAUGGAGAACGAAUCUUGGGGAAUGGAUGUCAUUGGCCCUAUAGAACCGGCCACUUCCAAUGGACACAGAUUUAUUUUGGUUGCCAUUGAUUAUUUCACCAAGUGGGUGGAAGCAGCCUCUUACAAAUCAGUAACCAAGAAAGUGGUGGCCGACUUUGUCCGCAACAAUCUGAUAUGCCGAUUUGGGGUUCCAGAAUCCAUCAUCACUGAUAAUGGUGCAAAUCUCAACAGUCAUCUGAUGAAAGAGAUAUGUGAACAAUUCAAGAUUAUUCACCGAAGGUCAACUGCUUAUCGCCCUCAAAUGAACGGAGCUCGAGGUUGGCAUGAAAUGUUGCCAUAUGCUCUACUAGGUUAUCGAACAACGGUCAGAACAUCGACCGGGGCUACUCAAUACUUGCUAGUAUAUGGUACCGAAGCAGUCGUGCCGAUUGAAGUCGAGAUACCGUCAUUGAGGAUCAUCCAAGAAGCUGAGCUAAGUAAUGCUGAAUGGGUUAGUAAGCGGAUUGAUCAACUAGCCUUGAUUGAUGAGAAGAGGAUGGUUGCUGUUUUCCAUGGCCAGUUGUAUAGACAAAGAAUGACUCGCGCUUUUCACAAAAGAGUUUAUAGCUUCGCUUCGAAAUCGGCCGAAUUCUUCCGACUGAUGAAUACGGAGAAGGAGAAAACUAUCUCCAAAGCCGGUGAUUUUAUUGAAAGCAAGAAGCAUUUCAUAUCUUUAUGCCAAGAUGCUUGUGAAUGGGUUUGUUUAUUUCAAGCCAUUCCCCAAUACAUGAAAUUUACUAAGUGCCUGGCCAGAUCCAAAGGUGAAUCAAAAGGGAAUCUCAGCGAAGAUUUCACGAUUGCUAUAAGAAGACGCUAUUUGCAUUGCGUUAUCAAAGCAAGAUGA